CUUCCUAUGUUGUUGUUGUUGUUGUUGUUGUAGUCUUUCCUUCUUCUCAGUUUCUCAGGUUAGCGUGAGCCAUCAUCAUGGGACUAGAAUCUAAAGGAAGAGCAUGGUUUGGUAAAAUCUACAACAAGUUGGAAACCUUACUUGUUGAGGUAGACUCUUUCACUACUCAGAGCACGCUUUGUUUGAAACCAAGUGAGGAAGUAGCAGAACAGGGCCGUUCUUCUGUAUCUUAUAAUGUGAAGCAACACCAUGAUGAUCGUGUUGCUUCACCUCGAUGUGAGAGUCUUUUUGAUCCACCGUCCCAUCAGAACUUUGACAUGCCAGGACAUGUUGUGGUUGAGAUACGAGUUCAAGAAGAUAUUUUUCAAGAGAAUUUAUCAGCCUCCUCGUUCCCUGAUGGAGAAAAUAUACUCUCUACAUCUCCGUUGCUCGAAGACGACUGUGAUGCUACUCUUGUUGAUGAAAAACAAUUAGUUCCUGAUGAAGAGUCUCAGGUCUUGUCUGAUGGAGAAACACACUCUACAUCUUCAUUGCUUGAAGAGUAUCAUGAUGCUAAUCUGACAUCAGCCACUACUAUUGGUGAUGAAGUUACCGAUGAAGAUUCUCAGGUCUUUCCUAAUGGAGAAGCACUCUCUACAUCUCCAUUGCUUGAAGGGUAUCAUGAUGCUAAUCUGACAUCAGCCACUACUGUUGGUGAUGAAGAAACAAUAGUCACAUUGACACCUCAGAAAUUUUCUGAUCAACCAAAGGAAGCUGCAGAGGAUAGUUCUUCCGAAGCUUCUAUUAUGCAGCAAGACCAUGACCCUGUUGAUUCACCGAGUUGUAAAACUCCUUCUGAUCAACCAAAGGAAGCUGCAGAGGACAGUUCUUCCGAAGCUUCUAUUUUGCAGCAAGACCAUGACCCUGUUGAUUCACAGAGUUGUAAAAUUCCUUCUGAUCAACCAAAGCAAGCUGCAGAGGACAGUUCUUCCGAAGCUUCUGCUGUGCAGCAAGACCUUGAACUCGAUUCACCGAGUUGUAAAAGUCCUUCUGAUCCACCUUCACAUCAGAACUUUGACAUUUCAGAACAUGUUCUUGUUGAGGAACGAGUUCAAGGCGAUAUUUUGCAUGAGAAUUUAGUUCAAGAAGAUGGUUUUAAGGAGAAUUCACCGGCCUCCUCCUCCUUAUCUGACCAAGAAAUACUCUCUACAUCUCCACUGCUUGAAGAGUAUUGGAAUACUUCUCUGACAUCAGCCUCUACUAUUGGUGAUGAAGAAUCAAUAAUUACUGAUGAUGAGUCUCAGAUCACCAACACAUUAACCACUCAAAACUCUUCUCCUGGAAGCUCUUCGGUUUUCCCAGGUGGGGAAAGAGUAGAAGAAGUUAGAGUUAAAUCCUCCUUGCCAGAUGGAGAAAUGCUUUCUACAUCUUCAUUGCUUGAAGACUACUGUGAUGCUAAUUUGACAUCAACCACUACUCUUGCUGAUGAAGAACCAUUAAUUACCGAUGAUGAGUCUCGGAUCACUAACACUUUCAUCCCUCAUAAAGUUUCUCCUGGAAACCCUUCGGUUUCUCCAUGCGGGGAAAGUGUAGAAGAAGUUGGAGAUGUAUCGUUCAGAGAUAUUGUUUCCACAGAAUCUCAAUCUACUCAAAGUUCUAUGAAAAGUUUUGGGACAGUAGUAAAGUGUAAUGAUGACCCUGUACUUCCUGCGCUUGGCAUAUUUAUGGACAAUGAUUCAAGUCCGAAUGAUCCACUCGCCACCAAGAUUGCAGAUGGACCUGUUCAAGAUAAUGUGGCAAACAUGAGAUCCUCUAAUGCGGGUCUCCUCACACGUUUUCUUUUGUUAGAUGUGAUGAAUGACAAAUCUGAUGUUGCUCCAAUGGAUAUCAAUGCAUUGUACCACAUUGAUUUUCGAGAAGACCCCUCGUAUGUUGACAACAAUGCAAUGCGUGUUAAGACCAUUUCUCCAUUGGAUACCAAUGCAUUAAACAGCAUGCAAUCUCGAGAAGACCCCUUGUAUGUUGACGACAGUGUGCUUUAUGCAAUGCAUCUUAGGACUAAGAAACUCAGAUCCUUCAAGCAGAGAAAGAUCUUGGAUGCUUUAACUUCAAAAAGAAGAAGAGAGAAGGAAUAUGAGCAACUUGCAAUUUGGUUUGGAGAUGCGGAGAUGGGUUCUGAUCUGUCCACAGAAGAAGACUCUAAACAAGUGAAAGCCAUCGACUCCAAAAGCUCACGCCUACUUGAAUCAGAAGAUUCCCAGUGGGAGCUAUUGUGAGAUUAUUUUUUCAUUUCAUAUAUAUUGUACAAGUUAAAAUCGGCCCUGUGUUUUUAUCUUGAGCGAGGCUCCUGUUAGGCUGUUACCUUAUUUAAACAUAAAUGAGCUAACCUGCUCUGUGAUUGAAGCUUUUUUGACAGUGAAUAACCAAAAAUUUAAUCCUAUCGUUUCUUGCUCUCAAA